AUGUUUUCCUUCAUUUUCAUGAACAACAACAACAUCAUCAACACCAUCAUCAACACCAUCACCAUGCCACUUGCGUUGACUCUGAUUGUCAUGCUCGUCGCCGCCAUGCCUGUCAUUGCUCAGCAGCUCAUCAGUCGAGUUGCAGUUGCACCAGCAGUCCACAGUGUCAUCGCCACCCAAACCACCACCAUUGUUGCAGGCGUCCGAGCCAUCUUCGGAUCCAUUUCCAUUGCUGCAGUCGGUCGAACCGUUUCCGAUGCUAUUGGAGGGAUCACCAACAUAAUCAAGAGCUUUAUUGGCAACGCCACCGUUCUCAACAGCCAAAUCUUUGCUCUUCCAACCAGCGAAACCUAUCUACAGCUCAUUGUCCGAGCUCCACGCGAUCUGGUCCUUAUGGCCACACGAGCCAUCAUUGUCAGAGCCACACGAGCCAUUAUCGUGAGAGCAACACGAUCCUUGGUACUCUUUGCUACACGAGAAUUGGUUCUCAGAGUUUCUACCUGUACCGACCUGGUCAUUCUUGGCUCAAGCGACUUAUUGGUUCCCUUUGGUCCACAACACUUGAUCAUCAAAGAAGCUUAUUGUGAAGAAGCCUUGGCCCAUUGCAUCACACCUGUCUUUGCCUUUGUGGGCCAAGAAAUUCUCAAACUUCCCAUCAGCGAAACCUUCCGCUCUGAGGGAAACAUGAUGCCACCAUGGUCGCCAUCUAUUCUUCCAAAUUACUCCUCUUUUGGAAUGGCUAGCAUCAUUGGUCGUUUCAAGUUUACUCUCAUGGCAUGUGUCCCAGUCUUUGCUGAAUUGACCUGUAUGAUGAGCUGGAUGCUUGCAAGUUUCGUCAGCGUCAUGAUGAGUCUUGUCAAGCUUAAUAUGCUCAUGCGAACCAUUGAAACUACCAAGCCCGGAGUCCAAGUCUUUACUGACUUGAUCUCUGCACUUUCAAGCUGGGUCUGCAUGUGGAUCUCGGCCCUUUCUGUUGUGAGCAGCACCAUGACUAGUCUUGUCAAGCUUGCCGUCGAGGGAGCGCUUGAAAAUUAUCCUGGCAAAGUCAAGUACUAUUGGGUUGUGGUAAUACUGCCGAAUUUCUGCCUCAAUAAGGUCUGCUGUGAUUAUCUUGGACAAGAAGGUCCUCCUCCAAGAACCGUUCCACCAUCCUCUGGGAAAACAAUUAUUGGCUCUUACAAGCGCAAGAUGGCAAAGAAGCAAUAUGACCAGAAGAUCAAGGAAAUGAGAGAGCGAACGGAACGCUCAUUCCGUCUCGAGGCACAAAUACCUGGGACUCCAAUCAAUGAGUUUCAAACCAAAUGGGAAUGCGCGGUCAUGUUUCGAACCAACGAGACACUUUUGCCCGGUCAAGAAUAA